AUGUCUCCUUUUUCAAGAUCUGUGAUGACAAUGACCGACAAACAUGAAUCAUGUGAAUCAUAAACGACGAAGCGAUAUACAAUCACGUGUUGUGAUUGUUAAGGCUGCGCAGUUUCGAAUAGAACUUCAUCGGCGAAAGCAACUUUCUUUUCGAUUUUAACUAGGGCGGUUCCAUACUUCGAUAUCACUUCAAAACGCUUAAAGAGCUGAAAAUGAUCUGCAGCAAAUCUACCCUGUGCGAUGCCUUGACGGUCCUACUAGUGGUAACCUUUGGUACCAGUACCUGGGUUUCCCUUGGAGGGAUCUGGGUGGAACUACCACUCCUUACCAACUUGGACAUCCCUGAGGGGUACAAAAUCGGAUCUUACUUCACCAUCGUCACCCAAGCAGCAGUCAUCGGACCACUCAUUUUCGUCUCGUGCCAAUGCUUUGCUCCAAAGAAGUACCAUCUGGAAAUCCCAGCUAUUUACGCAAUUUUAGCGGUGGGUGCCACAGCCAGUUUUCUUAUGAUAUUCUUUUGGGAUUCGUGUACGUUUUGGUUUGGAGAAGAGCAUAGCACCGCUUUUCUUAUCCUAUCCUUCUUCAUGGCUCUUGUCGAUAGUACUUCUAAUCUGACCUUUAUGCCCUUUAUUUCAAGUCUCAAAUCAAAGUACCUCAAUUGGUAUUUCAUAGGAGAAGGUCUUAGUUCCGUUAUACCAAGUAUCGUUGUCCUAAUUCAAGGCUCUGGUGGAGAAGAUGAAUGCGUGGCCAAUUAUACAUUUACAAACACCACCAAAGACCCUGUCAAAAACGUCACAAUUCAUCAAAACUGCACGAUAUGGGAUGUCGAGAAAGUCGGAGACUUUCGCUUCCCGCCACAGUAUUAUUUCACAUUCAUAUUUGUUUUGUUUGCGCUCAGUACGAUUUCGUAUUGGAUCCUGAGAUGUGUUCCAUUAUUUCAGGACCAGUACGAAGAAGUGGAGCUAACUGAAAUUACAAAUGACGCUGGUAUACGUAGAUGCCUUGAGUGUCGCAAGGGCAAUCAAGUUGAUGAGAAAACACCUUUACUCUUAAGUAACGCUGAAGAAAAUAAAACGCAAGGGAAUGGAACAGGAUUGCCAACAGAAAGUUGUGAGGAUGACCUUAAUGAAGAAUCGUCUGUGGAUAGAGAACGCGAAAUUGAUUGCAGUAUGGUUGGAAUUGUAGGUAGCAAUACUGACAGAGACAUUACAGGGAACUCUAAUGUUUCCACGAGUAGUUCAUCUGCAAGGCAUGCGUUUCUAUUCAUAACGUUGACACUGAUCAGCGCCCUAUUCUAUGGUGUCCUACCGGCUAUCCAGGGCUAUUCAGCAGCAGCAUACGGGUCACACAUAUACCUCGUUGCAACAGCCUUUGCAGAAAUCGGUGGCCCAGUUGGCACCAUCCUAGUCAUGAUUCGUCCAACAACCAGCUAUCCACUUGUCUUUCUGAUGUCACUCGGAGGCGUGGCUGCUGGUGGGUAUUGCAUCUUGACAGCAUCCCUCAGUCCAACACCUCCGCUGCAAGGACACACAAUCGGAGAAGUUUUAAUCGUUUUGGCGUGGAUCCUUCAGGGUAUAUUCUUCUCCUACUGCCGGGCCGCCAUUGGUGGGAUUCUUCGUUCUGACAGUAGGUCCUGGAUGCUGAUGAUGUUCUUCGGAGGGUGUACUACAAUCGGUACCAUUGUUGGCGCCGUCAUAAUCUUCCCACUUGUAAGCGUUCUCAAAAUCUUUAAGAGCUUUGAUCCAUCUCAGGCGUGCGCCAGCCUCGUAACUUGUCUGCCCCCUUAUGAAGAACUUGUAACAUCCAGUCUCUAGCAUACCAUAUCGAAUGAUCAAGAACAUUAAAUUAUAACACUUUCCAAACACACACACUUCUCACCCUGACAUA